AUGGAGAACGGUGAAAUCCCAGAAAACGCUAAUGAACAUUGCCCAGGUACUCAAUCAGACUCAGCUGGGAAAUCCGAUGCUUGUCAAGGAUGCCCUAAUCAAGAAGUUUGUGCCACUGCCCCUAAAGGCCCCGACCCUGACUUGGUUGCAAUUGAAGAACGUAUGGCUACUGUGAAGCACAAGAUAUUGGUUUUAUCAGGUAAGGGGGAGUCGGGAAGAGCACAUUCUCCGCUCAACUGUCAUACGCACUAG